AUGGAUGCAAGCUCCGAAGAGAAAGCGGAAUUUGAAGGAGAGGAGAUUGAGUAUUUGAGCUAUGGAGGUGAGCACCACCUGCCUCUCAUCAUGAGCUUGGUCGAUCAAGAACUCAGUGAGCCUUACUCCAUCUUCACCUACCGAUAUUUCGUCUAUCUUUGGCCCCAACUCUCCUUCCUCGCUUUUCACAAGGGUAAAUGCGUGGGAACUGUGGUGUGCAAGAUGGGAGAACAUAGAAAUACUUUCAGGGGCUACAUUGCCAUGUUAGUUGUAAUCAAGCCUUAUCGUGGAAGAGGCAUUGCCACUGAACUUGUUACCAGAUCAAUUAGAAUGAUGAUGGAAUCAGGCUGUGAAGAGGUUACACUGGAAGCAGAAGUCACGAAUAAAGGAGCACUGGCACUUUAUGGCCGUCUUGGGUUUAUCAGGGCAAAAAGGCUUUUUCACUACUACUUGAAUGGAGUCGAUGCUUUCCGUUUGAAGCUAUUAUUUCCUCGCCAAGAGUUACACUUUUCUGGGCCCAUGAUGACAAAUACAGAUGCAAGUCAUGAACACACUGAUCUGGACAACACUUGAAGAAUGUGCAGGUGUUCAUUACGGCUUGUGAUUUAGAUUUUAUAUUUCAUAGUCAGGGAUGCACAACUGUUGUAGUUUCCACCCUUAAAUUUGUUCAUUGUUAGAUAUAAAAGUUUGUUGUUGUUUUAUUUUUAUUUUUAUUUUUAUUUUUGGUUUUUAAAUGGAUAGUGAGGAUAUGCUUGAAUUUUUGUAUGAAGUUUGUUUAUGUUAGCAACUCUUGUUCAUGGUUAUUGCAGAGUCUUUCUUUCCCCUUCUUCUCCUGUCC